AUGGUGGACGAAUCACGUGAUGUGUCAGGCCAUGAGCAACUAAGUGUAGUCUUACGUGUUGUUGAUAUUGAAAUAAAAACAAGUGAUGAAAAUCAACUGACAUCUCUAUUCAAAGAGUAUUUUCUUGGUUUUGUAAAACUUGAUGAAUUUGAUGCACAAACCUUGACAGAUGAAAUUGUCAAAUUCUUAUCGUCUUUAAAUAUUGACUUAAAUUAUUGUAUUGCUAUGUGCUUCGAUGGAGCUUCCGUCUUAUCAGGUAAGCAUGCUGGCGUUCAAGCAUUGCUACGUCAACAACAUAUUCCAAAUGCGAUAUACGUGCACUGUUAUGCACACAAGCUGAAUUUAGUUAUUUGUAAUGUUACGAAAAGUGUUCCUUAUUUAUCGGAGUUUUAUUCGAUUAUUAGCAAAAUUUAUACUUAUUUUCAUACAUCAAGUGUUACGAAUGAAACUUUUAAAAAGAUUCAACAACAAUUGAAGAUAGCUUUAAAUCAAAGUUUAGAAGAACUAGUAGAUAAAGGUACAGAACGUUCAAUAGAUGCACGAGGUCUAUUAUUGGCAUUAAAAGAACCAUUAUUUGUUGUAACUAUUUUCAUUCUACAUCGUCUACUUGGUAAAAUAAAAAUCUUGUCUGAUCAAUUAAAAUCUAAAUCGAUUGAUUUUGGCAAAGCGCAUACAUUGAUUAGUGCUGUUAUUAAUCAAAUUAAUGAACUUCGAAGUGAAGAAGAAUUUUCUAGGCUAUUUGGGCAAAUAACUGCAUUUUGCGUUGAAAAUAAUAUUGAUCUUGAUGUUAAAGUUAAACAAAGAAGACAAAGAACAAUAUCAACAAGAUUUAAAAAUUGUUCAGUUACAAGUACAAUAGGACAACGUGAAGAAAUUGAUAAUGAUAGUAAAUAUAGGGAUUUUAUUUUCUAUCCGGUAAUUGAUUCUAUUCUUGUUGAAAUGAACGAUCGUUUUUCAAAAAGCAAUAUGGAAAUUCUUCGUGGCAUAUCAUCCUUAUCACCUGACAGCUCAACGUUUUUGGAGGUGAAAGAAUUAACAGAUUUAUGUACUAUGUUACAAUGUGAUAUUGUAUCAUUGUCGAAUGAAGCUGAAGUAUUAAAGCCUAUGCUCAAACAAUCAAAAUCAAAAGAUAUAGUUGAUUUAUAUUUUGAAGUUUUACCAUUACAACAAGCAUUUCCCACGAUUAUACAUCUUCUUAUCGGUGCUAUGACUAUUCCUGUGUCUUCAACCACAACAGAACGAACAUUCAGUAAAAUGAAAUUAAUCAAAACUAGUGCACGUAAUACUAUGUCUGACGAUAGACUGAGUGAUUUGUCUUUAUUAGCAAUUGAAAGAGAUUUUGUUGUUGAUAACGAAAAAAUAAUUGAUGCUUUUGCCAUUCAGCACAAAAACAGUCGAAUAUUGUUGAAAUAA